AUGGCCCGCCGAGUGUCCUCCUUUUGGCCCCUCAACUUCGACAUGCACCGCAGCCAGUCCGAGCUCCGGAUCGCCACCACCGCAGCCCCGGUUUCCGCGGCGGAACUGGAGCGCGAGUGGGAGGAGAGCCAGGAUCCGGCGGAAGACGACGACACCCUGGCCAUGUCCUUCAAGUCCGUCAGCGCACAUCUCAUGAGCGUCACGCGCCUCGGCAGCCGUAGCAGCUCGCUACUGCGCGAAAUGAAGAAAGUCAAGGAAGAAAUGGACGCGGCGGAAGCCGCCGCGUCCCCCGCCAUGUGA